AUGUCUCCCCCUCCCAGCGGAUGUCCAGUUCACGCCAGCCACAAGACGGUCAACACCGGUGGUGGCGGCACCAGAAUCAAGGACUGGUGGCCCAAUGACUUGAAGCUCAACAUUCUUCGUCAACACACUGGUGUCUCCAACCCCUACAACAGCCAGUUCAACUACGCCGAGGCUUUCAAGAGCCUCGACUAUGAAGGUCUCAAGAAGGAUCUCACGGCACUGAUGACCGACUCUCAGGACUGGUGGCCUGCAGACUUUGGACACUACGGUGGUCUGUUUGUCCGUAUGGCAUGGCACAGCGCCGGUACCUACCGCGUCUUUGACGGUCGCGGUGGUGGUGGUGACGGUCAGCAAAGAUUCGCACCUCUCAACUCAUGGCCCGACAACGCCUCCCUCGACAAGGCGCGCCGCCUCUUGUGGCCCAUCAAGCAAAAGUACGGCGACAAGAUCUCCUGGGCUGAUCUGUUCCUCCUCACCGGCAACGUUGCCAUUGAGUCGAUGGGUCUCCCCACUGCUGGUUUCGCCGGUGGUCGCGCCGACACAUUCGAGGCUGACGAGUCGGUCUACUGGGGUGGCGAGUCUACCUGGCUCGGCAACGACGUCCGCUACGCCAACGGCCAGGAGGGCCCCGACAAGCCCGGUGUCAUUGACGGCGACGAGUCCAAGAAGGAGCACACAGACAUCCACUCUAGGGAAUUGGAAGAGCCCCUCGCUGCUGCCCACAUGGGUCUGAUCUACGUCAACCCCGAGGGUCCCGACGGCAUCCCCGACCCCGUUGCUUCCGCCCGCGACAUCCGCGUUACCUUUGGUCGCAUGGCCAUGGAUGACGAGGAGACUGUCGCCCUCAUUGCCGGUGGUCACGCCUUCGGAAAGACACACGGCGCCGGUCCCACCGAGAACGUCAGCGACGAGCCAAUGGCCGCCACGAUUGAAGAGCAAGGCUUCGGCUGGGGCAACAAGUACAAGUCCGGCAAGGGCCCCGACACCAUCACUUCGGGUCUCGAGGUCAUCUGGACAAAGACGCCCGUCAAGUGGAGCAACCACUACCUCGAGUACAUGUUCAAGUACGAGUGGGAGCAGGAGAAGUCGCCCGCCGGCGCUCACCAGUGGGUGGCCAAGGACUCCGAGGCCAUCAUCCCCGACGCCUACGACCCCAACGUCAAGCACAAGCCUCGCAUGUUGACCUCGGAUCUUGCCCUCCGCUUCGACCCUGCCUACGAGAAGAUUUCCCGCCGCUUCGCAGAGAACCCCGACCAGCUCGCCGACGCCUUCACCAAGGCCUGGUUCAAGCUGUUGCACCGUGACAUGGGUCCUCGUUCUCGCUGGAUCGGCCCUGAGAUCCCCAAGGAGGUCUACAUCUGGGAGGACCCUCUUCCCGACCUCGACCACCCUGUCAUUGACGAGCAGGACAUCUCCGCUCUCAAGAAGGAGCUCCUCUCCGCUGUCGACCCUACCCAGCUCAUCACCACUGCCUGGGCUUCGGCCUCGACUUUCCGUGGAGGUGACAAGCGUGGCGGUGCCAACGGUGCCCGCAUUCGUCUCGCGCCCCAGAAGGACUGGAAGGCCAACAACCCUGCCCAGCUCAAGACGGUCCUCGCCUCUCUCGAGAAGGUCCAGGAGAGCUUCAACAAGUCUGCCAAGGGUGGCAAGAAGGUCUCUCUUGCCGAUCUCAUCGUUCUUGGUGGAUCUGCUGCUGUUGAGAAGGCUGCGGGUGUCUCUGUUCCCUUCACCCCGGGUCGUACCGACGCCACUGAGGAGCAAACCGAUGCAAAGACCUUUGACCACCUCGAGCCCGUCGUUGACGGCUUCCGCAACUACGGCAAGGGCACUUCUCGUGUUCGCACUGAGCAGUUCCUGGUCGACAAGGCUCACUUGUUGACUCUUUCCGCUCCUCAGAUGACUGUCCUCGUCGGUGGUCUCCGUGCCUUGAACGCCAACUACGACGGCUCAUCAAACGGUAUCCUGACCAAGCGCCCCGGACAACUCACAAACGACUUCUUCGUCAACCUCCUCGAUACUCAGACCGAGUGGCAGAAGGGCUCGGACGAGAUCUACACUGGUAAGGACCGCAAGUCUGGCGAGCAGAAGUGGUCAGCAACUCGCCACGACCUCGUCUUCGGUUCUCACCCUGAGCUACGCGCCAUCUCCGAGGUCUACGCUUCCUCAACUGGUCAGGACAGACUCGUCAAGGACUUUGUCGCUGCUUGGGUCAAGGUUAUGGAGUUGGACCGUUACGAUCUUAACAAGGAGCAGAAGCUCCAGGCUCAGGCUCGUCUUUAG